AUGGAUAUGAACUUUGGCUUCUGCAACGAUGCCUUCUUUGAGCAAGGCAACAGAUCGUCGGAGAAGGAAGAAACAGAGGAGGUGAAAAAAGUAGAGUCGAACGAAAUAACAAAAAGAAACAACGAAAUAGGAGAGGAAAAAGAGCUACCCAAAGAAUUAUGCGUCCCAGUUACGAUAAAAUUAUUACUGAACAGAAUGAUGAACCAAGAAGAGUUUAAAAUUCAUGACUUUCAAAUAAGUGGCAUUAUAGUGUUUGGGAAGGUGUGCAAAAUUAAGGAGCUGGCCAGCGCCAUCAUUUUUGAGAUUUGUGAUUACACUGGAAAUAUUGAAGCGAAAUAUAAUAAGGACGCGAAUAAUGAAAAAGUGAAGAAUCAUAUAGAAAGCAUAAAAGUAAAUGACCACGUUAAAGUCGUUGGAGUGGUCUACUCCCCAGAGAGUAAAUCAGAACAAAUACAAAUAAGCAUAUCUUACAUUAACAAGGUGGAAGAUUGGGUUUCCUACUUUUCCUACUUCACCUCUGAUGUGAUUUAUUGCUACUUAAAGCUUUUAAAAUUAAAAAAUAUUUACACGCCAAAUGGGGUCAAUAAUGAGGAGAAACCCUGGUCCCACGUAACUUUGGACACCUACUACAAUCAGCUAGACGUUAUCGACACGGAUAUUAUAAAGUACUUACACACCACAAGUGAAAAGUAUGCCAACCAACAGGACAUUUUCGAGCACCUCAAAAAGUAUCACUCAGAAAUGAACAUAAAGAAGUCUCUCACGAAGCUUAUUGAGCAGUAUGAUUUGGCCCAAUACGAGGAUAUCAUAAGUAUACCCUAA